UUACGACAAAGAUGGAGGCUACAAUCAAGCCUUAUCUCAAUCUUGUAAUUGGAUUCAAGAAAGUUUUUUAUUUGCAAUCCUUUAGACGGAGCAAUCUCAUUUUACUUUGUUAUCACACAGCUGGCUUGCUUACUAGAGAAGAUUGUUGUUCCUAAAAGUUCUGAAGCAUUUUAUGUAAGAGGAAGUGAAUCCAAAGAAUAUUAAUGAUAAUAUAAUAUAUAUUUAAUGAUAAUUAGAGAGAUAUUAUAUGUUGUUGUCACAUUUAAUGAACUCGUAUUGGCAUAGUUAAGAAGCGGGACGAAGAAGAUACUUUUCACGAAUUGUUUUCCACAGGAAGACAUCAGCAUGACUCUUCGAUGUCUUAUUGUAUUGAUGCAAUUUUAUUUGGCCGUUCUGCUGUUGCUGACUGUGCGGGCAUCUGCAGGCAACUUUUAUGACAAGCUAUCAUCAAGCUCCAAACAUGGUAGCUGCCAGCUCUACAAUGGAACUGUAUGCUCAAGAUAUCUUGCUGGCAAAAUUAUCUAUUUACAAGAGGGAAAAUCUGUUGAACAUAUAGAGAAGAGAUUGACUCGUUGGUUCAAAAAAAAUCGGAAGACACGUCAGAUUGGUCGAGAAUGCUGGCCGCAUGCGGAAGCAUUAACCUGUAUGCACUUCUACCCAGAAUGCAACAUAGCACAAAAUGCACCAAUCAAGACAACGUUAUGCUCUUCGCAUUGCUCAUUUUUGAAACAAGGCAUCUGCAAAGGAGAAUUUAAACGAGCAAAACAUUCAUCGUAUCUUCAGAGGUUUAUUCCUCUCUGCGAAGAAGUGUCUUUUAUUGAAGAUUCGAAAGGAGAGUUUUGUUUCUUUCUACCCACAUUCGAUUUGAAAAAAGGUCCAGUUAUAUAUGCAGAGAAAAAGAAAAGGUUCUACAGCACAGAGGGAAAGACAGCAGAGUUAAAAUGCAUCUUUGGAAUUAAAAACUUUGUAUGGACCAAAGAGACAAGCAUGAUGAUAACAGAAGGCACCUGGUAUAGACAUAACAAAAGAGUGAUUGGAAACAAAAGAAUGCGAACAAGAACAAGACAGAAAGGGAAAGCGAGACUCUUUAUGUUGUUAAAAAUUCAUAAAGUCAGUCGAAAAGAUCGCGGCAACUAUCGCUGCAUGAUCACUUUCGGUAACAAAACAGUUCGUGGGCAUGCACAGUUGAUUGUGAACAAUCGAGAGGUUGUUGUUCGACCAAUCAAAGGAAAGUGUACGUCUUACAACGGUGGAGUGUGCUCGGCUUAUUUCAACACCGAGGAAGGAAAUAACGUGGUUUACGAGGAAACAAUGAACCCGAUACAUCUAGUGAACACGCAGUUAGAAGAAUUUAUAAAGAAGCUAAAGAGCUCAAAAGAGGUAUCUGAAAGGUGCAAAGAAUUCGGCCAAGCUGUUCUCUGUUACAACAAGUUUAAAAAAUGUCACAACGAAACAUUGAAGGUUACACCAAGCCUUUGCCGAAAUGAUUGUCACUUAUUCAGAAACAAAUACUGUAAAAAGGAACUGGAGUUGAUCAGUCAGGAAAAAGCUAUUUUGGCGAUGUAUUUUCCCGAUUGUGAUGUCUUACCUGAACCAAAUCCAGACUGUAUUCCUUUAUCGAACAAUCCAACAAUUACAAAGAAGAACAGCAUCCAUAAUGAUGUGACUGAAAUGCAUUGCUACGACGAAGACUCGCCAACAAAUUAUCUAGGUUCCGUUUCCAUGACACAAACCGGACUAUUAUGCGACAAUUGGCGUCAUUACCCUGGCUACACCGACAUUGACCACGACUACUGUCGAAACUUUGGCGAAAACCGUCCAUGGUGUUUUGCUAAUGGAAAGAAAAAAUACUGCAGCAUAAAAUCGUGUCGUCCGACAUGCUAUAAAAACCGCGGCGAUGAUUAUUACGGCAAGGUCUCGUAUUCGAAGUCGGGGAAAAAAUGUUUGCCGUGGAAUCGUGUCGCUGAAGACUUCUUGCAAAGCAAUAUUGACCAUUCCUACUGUCGGAAUUUUGAGAAUGACAUGGAAGCUCCGUGGUGUUAUGUUAAUUAUCAAAAGACAAGAGAACUGUGCGACAUACCAAAAUGUGUUUCGAAAGUUCAAAAAUCAAACACUUCCGUUUCACUUGUGGUUUACAUAGUACCAGCUAUCGUUGGCGCAACUGCCGUCCUGUUUUCGCUGUUCCUGUUUAUAUUCUAUAUGAAAAACAAAAAGCUUUUAAAGAUGAAGAAGUCAAACGAACUAAUGAUAUGUGAAAGUGAAACAAUGGAUACACCAGGGGUAAACACACUGUCCACAACAGGAAGUGUCGAAUAUAAAAAAGAAUCACCCACGAUGGAGUGUAUGGAAUUAUUGGAAGCUCCUCCGGUGGAACACAAAGCUGCUAAUGGAAAUAAGAAGUUCCAAAGCGUUCCUGAAGUAAAAGAAUCGCGUUUUGCAAACUUGGUGAAAAUUGGUGAUUGUAAACUUGGGCAGCUAUGGCAAGGUGAAUUUGUGGAAACUAAAAACAAAAUGAUACCGAUUGUGAUGAAGAGAAUCAAAGCAGAAACACGUGCGAAUGUAAUUAGCGAGUUUCGACUUGAGAUGAAUAUGUUACGAGCUUUACGACAUCGAAACCUACAGAAUAUUGUGUGUGUAUCGACAAUGAGCGAAGUACCUUUCAUAACGUUCGAAUUUAAACAAAAAAUGGAUUUAAAAGAAUUCUUAAAAAGUAACAAAACCGAGGGUCAGGAUUUUAUAUCCCAAAGCAUUUUUCAAAUUGCGUCUGGUCUUGAGUAUUUGCACAAUCAUCGAGUUUUACACAAAGACUUAGCCGCGAGAAAUUGCUUCAUAACACAAUCCGGACAUAUACGUAUUUCAAAAAGCGAACUUGGCAUGUGUCGAUAUCCGGAAGACUACGUACAUAUACCGAUGUUAGGUAGAGCGCCGGUACGUUGGUUAUCACCGGAAACAUUACAAACCGGAGAAUUUAGAUCUGCAACGGACAUAUAUAUGAUGGGCGUAGUCAUUUGGGAGUUAUAUUCGAAUGGCCAUGUACCGUAUUCGAAUUUCACCAAUGAAGAAGUUAUAGAUCACGUGAUAGAAGGUAAAAGACUACAGCAACCAUCAAACUGCACAAUGUCAGCGUGGCAUUUCGUUGAACAAUGUUGGGCGUUGCCCAUCUGUCAUCGACCACCUAUUACAGUUAUCAAAGAAAACUUUAGACAAUAUACGCCGACCACCCAGGGACAAGAUGCAAACAACAAUACUAGUAAUAAGACUUGUUAGCACGUUUAACGCCGGUCCCUGUUUUAUACCGGUCCUUAUUUCACACCGGGUUCUAUUUGUCCGAUAAGUAUUGAGAGAAAAAAACACAGCUCUUUUAUUAGUAAAGUACCUUUUAAGAAAUUAACUUUUUUUAUUUCAACAGUUUUUUUUAAAAAGUUGGUUGUAAAUAUAUAGAAUAUAGUAAGAUGGUUUUUAUUUUCCUGUUUAUAUUUAUAAAUAAAGUUAUUCCCAAUA